AUUCUCUAUAUGUUACAUACCAAAAUUAAAACAAGUUAUGAAAAUGAUUUCCUUUUUGUUAUCUUUACCAAUGAUGUUCCUUGCUGCUCUUAUCCUUGUUCCACAAGGGCUUGCUGAUUUUGACUUUGUACCUAAAUAUAACUCAAAAAUAUCUGUUGGAAAAUCUUCAAUUUUAAAACCUGAAAUCUCGAAGACACCAAAUCUCGAUGGUUGGAAACCUAGGCACAAGCCCCCCACCAAGCACGCCCAUCCCACCAAGGACGCCCAUCCCACCAAGGACACCCAUCCCACCAAGCACACCGAACCCGAAGAGUCUAUUCCAGAGUCUACUUAUCGAGAGUCUAGUAUUCCUGGUUUUCUAGGGUCUAUCUUUUCUUAUCUUCCACUGCCUUUUAUUCCAAACCCUUUUACUUCAGAGCCUGAUCCAGAGCCUGUUACAGAGUCAAUUAUCUAGCCUCCAGAUGUGAAGCAACCAAUUUACAAUCUCCCAAAUGUCACAUCCAUUUCUAAAUAAUUAUUACCAUAUUAAUAUCUAUUACAUAAUUAGUCCACCUUGUUAGCAAUGCUUUGUUUUGUACAAUGUAUGAAUAAGUUCAGAGCAUCAUAUAUGUGGCAUGAUAGAUAAAUUAUGCCCUUUCUCUAAAUUUAUUAAUAAAUAGCUAAUAAUGGCGUAUUGUGUUCAAAAUUA